AUGGCGCGCCUCCUACCGGGACUGCUCCUCCUAGGGGCCGUCGUCUCCCCGGCGUGCGCGGCCAUCACGGCAUGGUUGACGGAGGUCGGGCCUCAGAUCAUUCUGCAGAACAAGACGACCAGCCAGAUCCGCUACAGUGCCUGCAACAGCAAUGACCAGGCCCAGUACUCGUACUCGGACACCAGGUUCUUCUCGCUCUCCCACAGCCCCAAGAACGGCACGCCGCUGGCCGGGGCAGGAUGGUGGAAUCAGUUGAACACAACGGCGUCUUUGUUCUACAUUGACCACAACAACAAUAUUGUCAAUGCCUUCUACUACUGCGACAUGCUCACCGGUCUGUUUCAGCAGACGGGCGAAUGGGUUAUUAGCGACGGCGUGCCUUCCAUCCACACCAACUCCGGCCUGGCUCUUGUUCUCCUGGGAGACGAGGCCGGCUACCGUCUCUACUUCCACGACGACGACGGGGCGAUCAAUGAGCUUGGCUACACCCCAAACGACAACGCCUGGAAGUAUCACGGCGCCAUCUCCCAGGAUAUCAACUCCCUGCCAGCAGUAGCCGCCGCCUUCAGUGGCACCAACAACAUCACCGUUGUCUCGCCGCGUGAUGCACAAAACAUUGCCGCCACGAGGCUGAACAGGGAUGAUACAUGGUACAGGACAACCCUGCCGCACCCGCUACAGGGCAAUCUGAGUCUCGCCACCGACGACACGAACCGGACCGACAUCGCGAUCAACGAGACGGCAGCCGCCAACUUCAGCUUGCCCGCGUGGGACGGCAUGACGAAGGGCAUUGGCACCAGCGUUGACAGCGACAGCCGCUACGUGUGGUACAUUGGCAACGAUGGGUUUCUCUACUCGGUGGCCAACCAGAACGGCACCUGGGGCCCGCGAGCCAACCAAUCCAGCGCCUUCUGGCCCAAGGCCGACGAGCCGAACGGCGAGCUCGCCGUUGCCUAUGACUUCAACACCAGCCGGGUGAACAUCUACUACAUUGUGAAGGGCCAGCUCAGCGAGAUCAAGUACCAGGACAAGGUCUGGAAGGCCUGGGCCACGCUCCCAGAACCGACCACUCCGGCGACACCGUCCCCGACGCCGACCGUGACGAGUUUGCCAAACUCCGACUCGGCCGGCGGCGGUCUUGCUACCGGUGCCAAGGCCGGCAUCGGUGUCGGCGUCUCGCUAGGUGCCAUCGCCCUGGGCGCCAUCAUCGCCGUUGUCGUUCUUGCGCGGAGGAAGAAGCAACAGGGCUUCGAGCAGCAGCCGUCUUACCCAGAGGAAGGGUCGACGACCCUCGGGCCCGACACGCCGUCACAAUCAUACGGAUCCCCGGCCGUUGCGCGUGCCUCUGCUGGGCAGUACGACUGGGAUGGCAACACCUCUCCCCCACACACAACGCCUCACCCUGAGGUGCAGCAGAUACACCAGCUCGACGGCGGAAACGCGCCCACCGAGAUGGAUACGCCAAAGCCCAUGUACGAGCUGCCUAUCCAGCCCUAUGUUCACGAGCUCCCGGCCGAUCCGCCACAGCCGCGGCAAUGA